CACCUCAUCUCAGCUCAGCUGUAUUUGUGAAUGUACUGUGAGGAAGCACGGAGGGCAAAUCCAUUAUUGGCUUCUUGAACAAACAUCAAAUCCACAAAGAAAUUCUUGCUUUUGCAAUAACUUGCAUCUUUUAGCACCUGUUAAAAUCUAUAUUUUGCUACCUUUUUUUGGCCAGAAAUGAAAAUAAAAUGUGAAUUUCUGUCGUAUAAAAUAAAGAUACUUUUCGGUGAAAAUGUGUGAGAUGCUGAUGAGGGAAUGUUCCAGAGAACCAGUGUGAUCAUUUGCCUGAACCUGCUGCCUGGUAGUCAGCUGUCACGUGUUAACUUUCAGACUAACAGAUGUGGAUGGAGCUUUGUUUAAUGCGUAGACUCACUUUAGAGGGAUGUACAGCAGAAACAAAAUGGGAGCGCAGCUGGACGUUCUUCUUUGACUCUUCUCUAAAUAUCGUUCUUUUGACCGUUGAGCACUUUAAAAGCGAUGGAGUGCUGAAACUUUGAAAAUAAUGGCAAAUAUGUGAAAUGUUGUUUUUUGUAGGGCUGGACCUGAAUAUCCGAUUCGUUCGCUACGGCACUAUCCGGAUAUUCAUUUUGGUAUCCGAAUGUUCGCAACACCCACCCUCCCCCUCUCCCACUGUCAGACGUCACCGGGUGGAAAGAAUAUUCAGCGUUGCUGUCUUCCCUGCGCCUUCGGCCCAUUUCGGCUCAUUCCGCCGUGUUCUUCGGCUCAUUUCGGCUCACCCAUUCGUGUUUCUUACCACCACCCGAAUGGUCGGGUGGCUGCCGACUCUGACGUCACGCUUCACUUCGUUGCAUAAACACAAGACUAAAGACUACACGAGAGCAAAAUGUGGACCCAGGAGACCAGACAAACGGAUCCGAAUAUUCGGGCCGUCGCUGUGCCGCCAUGCGCGCGCCUAUUUUCAGUGACCAAUGCUGUGGGUCUGUUACAGUUACAUAGAAGCCAUACUGCAGACAAAAAAUACAACAACUUCUUAACGUUUCUUUGACAUCUUGUUGAAGAUUAGCAGAAGAUAUAUUAUUUUUAAUUCAUAAUUAUAUAUUUUGGGUGGGUGAACUGCCCAGCGGUGUCAAUCAAGUAAAAACAAAUGUCGGUGAAGAAAAUGUCCGGCCACAAUGAAGGAUCGUCAACCCGCCCAGUCUUCAAAUUGUAGGGAUCUGGCAAGGUUUUACUGUUUCCCUGAUAUCUCAGCUUACUCAUGUAUCUUUGUCGGGCCUCAGGUGAUAAGGAUUGAGCAUAAUCGGACAAUUUCACGGAAGGAUAGUUCGCAUUGUUAUCGUCAGCCAUUGUUCCUCUGGUUCCUCUUGCCAACCAGCGCGGUAAUCACGUGACUUAGUGACAUCACUGUUUGUAAACACUGGCGUCUCCCAUAGGGCCCGAAUAUUCGGAGGCCAGAAACCACUAUUCGGGCCAGCCCUAGUUUUUUGCUGAUUUAAAUACAGGACAUGGUGUAAUUCUGCAGCAAAAGAUGAACGGAAAUUCUUUCUUUUUUCUUGAGUUUACUGCAUAUUAUUUGUAAUUUCACAAAACAGAAAAAAAAAAUCUGAAAAAUACAGUUUUAAAUUUUUUUUUACCAUUUUAAAAUCCUUAAUAUGGACAUUUUUUUUCCGUUGAAUACACAGUGGUGGCACCACCAUGCAUUUCUAUCAUCAAAGAAAUUUAAAAAAGUAGAAAAUAAUGCUCUUUCAUGUCAAAAGUGACAGAAAAUCUGAUGAUUUGGGUAUUUUUUUAGGUAAAAAUCUCAACUGCAAUGGGUUCUUUGCCUCUCAGAUGUGAUUAUUUGAUGCGUUUCUUGGUCCGACGUCGCCAUUACCUGUUUUUUUUGGUCGUUUUUUCGCGAUUGAAAGUGGAGUUUUGUUUCUGCUGUAGCGUCUCCUCACUGCCUCCAUGCUUCUAUGUGCUGUGAAGUCACCAUUACUCACUUUGUUUUCCUGUUGUUUUUUUUCUCCCAUCAUGCUUUGUGUUGCUGCUGCCUGACUCCUGUGUGCUCUGCCCUGAUGACAAUGUCUUUUGGCUUCCUCAUCCUCCUCCUCCUCAUCUUCCUCUUCACCUGUCCCUCCUGUGUUCUGGUUUUAUUCUCCUCUAACUCUUCCUCCUCUACCGAUCCUUCCUCCUUUCAUUUCCCUGCUGCUCCUCUUCCCCUCUCUCUCUUUUCUCUCUGGUUCGGUCCCGAACAGAGGAGGCUGAAGUGUCCAACAUCGACCACGUGGUUCUGGAUGAAGACCACUCUGGAUCCAGGCGGCUGCAGAACCUCUGGAGAGAUUCCAGAGAGGAGGCGUUGGGUGAAUACUACAUGAGGAAAUACGCCAAAUCCUCAGGAGGGGAGCACUACUCCGGAGGGUCCGAGGAGCUCUCUGAUGACAUCACCCAGCAGCAGCUACUUCCUGGUGUCAAGGAUCCGAACCUGUGGACCGUCAAGUGCAAGAUCGGAGAGGAGCGAGCGACGGCCAUCGCUCUGAUGAGGAAGUUCAUCGCCUACCAGUUCACAGACACGCCUCUCCAGAUAAAGUCGGUCGUGGCUCCGGAUCACGUCAAAGGCUACAUCUACGUGGAGUCGUACAAACAGACCCACGUCAAAGCCGCCAUCGAGGGCAUCGGCAACCUGAGGAUGGGCUUCUGGAACCAGCAGAUGGUCCCCAUCAAGGAGAUGACGGACGUCCUGAAGGUGGUGAAGGAGGUCACCAACCUGAAGCCCAAGUCCUGGGUGAGACUGAAGAGAGGCCUGUACAAGGACGACAUCGCCCAGGUGGAUUACGUGGAGCCAAGUCAGAACACCAUCUCUCUGAAGAUGAUUCCUCGGAUAGACCUGGACCGCAUCAAGGCCAAGAUGAGUCUGAAAGACUGGUUCGCUAAGAGGAAGAAGUUCAAGAGGCCCGCUCAGAGGCUGUUUGAUGCCGAGAAGAUCCGGUCUCUGGGAGGAGAAGUCAGCCACGAUGGAGACUUCAUGAUCUUUGAGGGGAACCGGUACAGCCGCAAAGGAUUCCUGUUUAAGAGCUUCGCCAUGUCGGCCGUGAUCACAGACGGAGUGAAGCCGACUCUGUCAGAACUGGAGAAGUUCGAGGAUCAACCCGAAGGAAUCGACCUGGAGGUUGUUACGGAGUCCGGGAAGGAGCGCGAACACAACCUGCAGGCCGGCGACAACGUGGAGGUCUGCGAAGGCGAGUUGAUCAACCUGCAGGGAAAAAUCCUGAGCGUCGACGGAAACAAGAUCACCAUCAUGCCCAAACACGAAGACCUGAAGGACCCCCUGGAGUUCCCGGCUCACGAGCUGAGGAAGUAUUUCCGGAUGGGCGACCACGUGAAGGUGAUCGCCGGCCGCUACGAGGGCGACACCGGGCUGAUCGUCAGAGUGGAGGAGAACUUCGUCAUCCUGUUCUCCGACCUCACCAUGCACGAGCUGAAGGUUCUGCCCAGAGAUCUGCAGCUUUGCUCGGAGACGGCGUCCGGCGUCGACGCUGGCGGCCAACACGAGUGGGGGGAGUUGGUUCAGCUGGACCCUCAGACGGUCGGGGUCAUCGUCCGCCUGGAGAGAGAGACAUUCCAGGUGCUGAACAUGCACGGUAAAGUUCUGACGGUUCGGCACCAGGCGGUGAACCGUCGGAAAGACAACCGGUUCGCCGUGGCGCUGGACUCGGAGCAGAACAACAUCCACGUCAAAGACAUCGUCAAAGUGAUCGACGGGCCGCACUCUGGUCGUGAAGGUGAAAUCCGUCACCUGUUCCGAGGUUUCGCUUUCCUCCACUGCAAGAAGCUGGUGGAGAAUGGAGGCAUGUUCGUCUGCAAGACCCGACACCUGGUGUUGGCUGGAGGCUCCAAGCCCAGAGACGUGACCAACUUCACGGUGGGAGGAUUCGCUCCGAUGAGUCCUCGGAUCAGCAGCCCGAUGCACCACGGAGGAGGAGGAGCUCAGCAGAGAGGCGGCGGCGGCGGUGGAGGAGGAAUGGGGCGGGGCCGAGGACGGCGAGACAACGAGCUGAUUGGUCAGACGGUUCGCAUCUCUCAGGGUCCCUACAAAGGAUACAUCGGGGUGGUGAAGGACGCCACCGAGUCGACGGCCCGAGUCGAGCUUCACUCCACCUGUCAGACCAUUUCAGUGGACCGCCAGAGGCUCACCACCAUGGGAGCGAAGAGGCACAGCGGGAUGACGUCGACUCACGGCCGGACCCCCGUCUACUCGUCUCAGACUCCGAUGUACGGAACCGGAUCCAGAACUCCCAUGUACGGAUCGCAGACGCCGCUGCACGACGGAAGUCGAACGCCUCAUUACGGCUCUCAGACCCCGCUGCAUGAUGGGAGCCGGACGCCGGGGCAGAGCGGCGCCUGGGACCCCAGUAACCCCAACACCCCCUCCAGGAACGAGGAGGAGUACGACUUCCCGUACGACGACGAGCCGUCGCCGUCGCCGCAGGGUUACGGAGGGACGCCCAACCCCCAAACGCCCGGUUACCCAGAAGUCCCGUCUCCGCAGGUCAACCCCCAGUACAACCCUCAGACGCCUGGAACGCCGGCGAUGUACAACACCGAGCAGUAUUCUCCAUACGCAGCUCCGUCCCCUCAGGGCUCCUACCAGCCCAGUCCCAGUCCUCAGAGCUACCACCAGGUGGCGCCUUCACCUGUCGGCUACCAGAACACACACUCACCGGCCAGCUACCACCCGACGCCCUCCCCCAUGGCCUAUCAGGCGAGUCCCAGUCCGAGUCCCGUGGGCUACAGCCCCAUGACGCCCGGAGCGCCCUCUCCUGGAGGCUACAACCCCCACACCCCGGGCUCCAACAUCGAGCAGGGCAGCAGCGACUGGGUCACCACCGACAUCCUGGUGCGGGUCAAGGACUCCUUCAUGGACCUGAUGGGCCAGACGGGCGUCAUCCGGAGCGUCACGGGAGGGAUGUGUUCGGUGUUCAUGCAGGAGUCGGAGAAGGUGGUGAGCGUCAGCAGCGACCACCUGGAGCCCGUCACACCAACCAAGAACAACAAGGUGAAGGUGAUCCUGGGAGAAGACCGCGAGGCCACCGGCAUCCUGCUGAGCAUCGACGGCGACGACGGCAUCGUCCGCAUGGAGCUGGACGACCAGCUGAAGAUCCUCAACCUGAGGUUCCUGGGACGCCUCGAGCACUGAGGGACGCACUGAGCAUGUGCAGUGAGAACCACACACUGAAGACUCGUGAGAACACAGAGACGGAUUCUGUUUAUCUUUUUAUUACUUCAGUCCAGUAGCCAAAACCGUACAACCACCCACGUACAGAGUAUUAAUACCCAGUUAUCAUAGCAGGCGUAGGAGGAACACCCCAGUCUGUCCCGCUGACUCUUUGUGUGGAUGUCUCUCUUCAUUUGUUUUAUAUUUUUUGUUGGCUUCUUUUUUCUUCUAGUGGUCUGAACCUGGUUUUAGUGCUUUUCAAUGUUCUGUCAGUACCUUUCUGGGUGCAGGAAGGUCAAAAAACGUGCAACGUCAAUAAACUGUGAGUCAGUA